AUGGAUGAAUUCUGGGAUAAGAAUAAAGGUUCGAUAGUGUCUGGUUUGAAAACUGCAGGAAAGUACGGUUAUCAGGGAACAAAAUACGUCGCGAAGACCGGUUAUCAAGCAAGUAAAAAGCAUUACAAUUCCAGCAAUGCGGCACAGAAGAACAGAAACGGAUCCAAUGAUGGGGAAAGUGAUGAGAGUUCCGUCCAUGAGGCCAGAAGGAUUGAACAAAUGAACGAUCCAAAAAUGUUCCCUCCUCCCCCUUUAAAACCGGGACAGAACCAAUAUCGAACUGAUGGAUCAUUGAUCUCAAAUGGCAUGAGUACUCAAGCUUAUAACCAGGCGAAUCCACAGCAGCCAAUUCUAUACAGCAGUCCAUCUGAUCCAUUUUUUAAUCGAAAUAUGGGGCAAGGGCAGGAACAGCGGCACUACGACAGAUCAAUGUCAUUUGAAACUUCCUCAUAUCAAUCUAUGCCUCAGCAGCAACAGCAGCAGCAGCAACAGCAACAAGCACAAUAUUAUCAGAAUACUCCAUUUCAACAACAUGGGCAAGGUAAUCAACAAGGUAUGCCUCCACAUCAGAUGGGACAAGGCUAUCAACAAGGUAUGCCACAGCAGCAAAUGGGGCAAGGCUUUCAACAGGGUAUGCAACAGCAGCAAAUGGAUCAAGGUUAUCAACAAAACAGUCCACAAUAUAUAUCACCUCACUCAACAGAGCAAAGUUUUCAUAAUGAAGCACAACCCCAGCAAUCCCAAGGUAACCCUGAGUUUGAACAUCAAACUGCAAACUCCAUACAAAAUCGACCAAUGGUGCCUCUUCCUUCACAGAUCCCAAUGUCUGAGCUCACAACGAGAAAUAUUGCUGAAAACGUGAACAAUCUGCCAUCUUCCGUUUUGAAUCCUGCCGCAGUGGCAAUAGGACCUCAAAUCAAAGUCAAGCCUUUCAACAGAGAGGAAUAUGAGGCGUCAAAACAUCAAAAGAAAGAACCGAUUCAGUUAAUUGAUGCUACGGCGCUCGAUCCACCUCCUAGACAUAAGUAUGCUGGAUCAGCUACCUCGUCGAAGGGUCAGUCUCCGGUUGCUCCCCCUGUGGUGUCGACGGACGCCGGUAGGUCCUCCUCGUCAUCAGAACACAUACGUUCCGGCACUAGCAACAAAAGCUCUUCUACAGAGCUACAAAACCAGGAUAAACAGGAAAAGGCUGGGAUUAUAGGUAGGUAUCAGGAACCGGUGCUCAAUUUUGCACCACCUCCAAAGCCACAUCGUUCCUGGGAAAUUCCAUUUGAUAGAAACCAAGCGCCACUUAGACCGCUGGUUUAUUCCUCUAAAGUUUCAUUGAAUUCAACGACAAGUUCUUUAUCUCCUAGCGCCCCACCGGCAAUACCAAAAAGGUCAGCCAACGAGAGUAGUCCAACAGGUAAUACUACAGGUCAUGCAACGCAACCUCUUCCUGUCGUGAAUUCCAAUGAGCAGAAAACCGAUAACACACAUCCAGUACAAUCAAGUGCAAAACCAGUCAUCUUGGGCGAAUAUAAUGAACCCACAACUUCGUUUGCUCCCCCACCAAAACCGCAUCGGUCUACGGAAAGCAUUGGCGGGAAGUCACAAGUAUUGGAUUCAGAUACGGAAGUGAUGAGUAAUUUUGUUGAGUCGAACCCUCUCCCAAAGAGUCGGUCUUCAGCUUCCUUGUCAAGCUUCGAACACCGUACCAAGAAUGAUGAUAUAGCUAGAGCUGCUGUGUUUGCUGGAAAGCGCUUUGACCCAAACCACUUUCCAGUACCUCCAAAACCUUCUCAGAAAGCGAGGGAAACUCAACAGAAGCAGACACGGCGCUCUCCUGAACCAGACCUGCGCUCCCCUUCUAUGACAUCUUUAGCCUCGAAAAGGAGUAUUGAAAGUGGGUCUAAGUUCCAUGGGAUACAAAUAAUGGCACCGGAAUCUCUAGAUUACGUUCCCUCGGAAGUUACCAAUGCAGUAGACGAUGAAUGUUCCGGUAGAAAGGGUUCGAAUGACGGUACACUCCAACAGUUCUUACAGCCAUCAAAACAAUUCAAAGCUUCCGCCAAAAUGCUCGAUAAAGAAAUAAUCGGAGAUGGUAACUUCCAAAAGGGUUCAGGUUCCGAAUCGAGUACACAUGCUAAGAUCCUCGACAAUGUUACCCAUGGUGUGUCAUCAUUAUCCCUGAACAAGGGGUUGAAGGACAAAAUGAAACCGCCAACCGUUAAACCAAAACCUGCUGGAUUCCAAUUGAAGCCUACUGAUAAGAAAAGCUCACCUCCCGCUGUAAAGCCAAAACCAAGCAAUUUGGCUGACUUAUCGAAGGAUGUAUUCUACGAUGCUGUUUCUACGGUACCAUCGAAAAGUGUAGGGAAGGCAUUGGACCGUAGGGAGUCAGACUUUCGCAGUAGGCAGUCACCCCCCGCACCACCUGCACAGCGGAAGGCUAUGCCACUACCCAAUAAGGUAACAAGCGGUGCAAACUCCAGCAAGGAAGGUGGCUCCGGGAAGGAUGACGAUGACGAUAUUAACCCCUUCUCAAUAUACAAAAAGGAGGCUGUCCCAGCAAAGGAUGAUACGUUCCAUUAA